GUCCGGGAGUACCUGCUCUUCCGCGGCUUUACACACACGCUGCGGCAGCUGGACGCCGAGAUCAAGGCGGACAAAGAGAAAGGGUUCCGGAGUUGACUUCUUUGGCUGACAGUCUGAGCAACUGCCAGGGCUUUGGUGGAGCUUCCCUGACUUGAAGGAGUCAGUCCGUGCAUCUCUCCGUGGACAAGAUUGUGGACCAGCUGCAGCAGUUAAUGCAGGUGUAUGACUUGGCUGCCCUUCGGGAUUAUUGGAGUUACCUGGAACGGCGGCUCUUCAGCCGCUUGGAGGAUAUAUAUAGACCCACCAUCAACAAGCUGAAAACCAGCCUGUUCCGAUUUUAUCUCGUCUACACCAUCCAGACAAACAGAAAUGACAAAGCUCAAGAGUUCUUUGCAAAGCAGGCCACAGAGCUCCAGAACCAGGCUGAGUGGAAGGAUUGGUUUGUCCUGCCCUUCCUGCCAUCCCCAGACACCAACCCCACCUUUGCUACCUACUUCUCUCGACAGUGGGCCGAUACCUUCAUUGUGUCCCUGCACAACUUCCUGAGUGUCCUGUUUCAGUGCAUGCCAGUUCCCGUGAUCCUGAACUUCGAUGCGGAAUGCCAGAGGACCAACCAGGUUCAAGAAGAAAAUGAAGUUCUUCGCCAGAAGCUUUUCGCCUUGCAAGCUGAAAUCCACCGCCUGAAGAAAGAAGAGCUGCAGCCUGAGGAGGGGGAGGCCUUGGUCCAGCACAGAUUGCCUCCUUAUGUCUCCAACAUGGACCGCCUGGGGGACUCGGAACUAGCCAUGGUGUGCAGCCAGAGGAACACUUCCCUGUCCCAGUCGCCUCGAGUGGGUUUCCUGUCCUCACUGCUGCCUCAGAGUAAGAAGAGCCCCUCAAGGUUGUCGCCUGCCCAGGGUCCCUCUCAGGCUCAGAGCUCGGCCAAGAAGGAGCCAUUCGGCGGCCAGGUGAGCGCAAGACCUGCCUUUCUAACUCCUGCCAAGAGGCCCCUGACAGCUGACUGCACUUUCAGACCUUGUUUGUUCUCUCCUUAGGACUGAUUUCUCUGGUAUGCUGGUGAGGUCCUGACUUCACAUCUC